AAAGGCAGCGGCCGCCGGGCGCCGUGCUCUGUGGUCCUGGUCUGCGCGCCUUUUCCUGUUGCUGCGGCUGUCGCCUUCCUCACCGUCGUCCGUGCCCCUUCUCUGGUCUGUGGUGUAGCCGGGACCCAGGACCAUGUCGCUUUCACGCUCGGAGGAGAUGCACCGGCUCACAGAAAAUGUCUACAAGACCAUCAUGGAGCAGUUCAACCCCAGCCUCCGCAACUUCAUCGCCAUGGGGAAGAACUAUGAGAAAGCGCUGGCAGGUGUCACCUUUGCCGCCAAAGGCUAUUUUGACGCUCUCGUAAAGAUGGGGGAGCUGGCCAGCGAGAGCCAGGGCUCCAAGGAACUUGGGGAUGUCCUCUUCCAGAUGGCCGAAGUUCACCGGCAGAUCCAGAACCAGCUGGAGGAGAUGCUGAAGUCUUUUCACAAUGAGCUGCUCACACAGCUGGAACAGAAGGUAGAGCUGGACUCCAGGUAUCUGAGUGCUGCACUGAAGAAAUACCAAACAGAACAGAGAAGCAAAGGUGACGCCCUGGACAAGUGUCAGGCUGAACUGAAGAAGCUACGCAAGAAGAGCCAAGGCAGCAAGAACCCUCAGAAGUACUCGGACAAGGAACUGCAGUACAUUGAUGCCAUCAGCAACAAGCAAGGUGAGCUGGAGAACUACGUGUCUGAUGGCUACAAGACAGCACUCACUGAGGAGCGCAGGAGGUUCUGCUUCCUGGUGGAAAAGCAGUGUGCUGUGGCCAAGAAUUCUGCUGCUUACCACUCCAAGGGCAAGGAGUUGCUAGCCCAGAAGCUGCCUCUGUGGCAGCAAGCCUGUGCUGACCCCAACAAGAUUCCAGACCGUGCUGUCCAGCUGAUGCAACAGAUAGCCAGCAGCAACGGUUCCAUCCUUCCCAGUGCCCUGUCAGCCUCCAAGUCCAACCUGGUCAUCUCAGACCCCAUUCCUGGAGCCAAACCCUUGCCAGUGCCACCUGAGCUGGCACCAUUUGUGGGGCGGAUGUCUGCUCAGGAGAAUGUACCUGUCAUGAAUGGCGUCGCAGGCCCGGACAGCGAGGACUACAACCCCUGGGCUGACCGCAAGGCUGCCCAGCCCAAAUCCCUGUCUCCUCCGCAGUCUCAAAGCAAGCUGAGCGACUCGUACUCCAACACACUCCCCGUGCGCAAGAGCGUGACCCCGAAGAACAGCUAUGCCACCACUGAGAACAAGACACUGCCACGUUCGAGCUCCAUGGCAGCUGGCCUAGAACGUAACGGCCGCAUGCGGGUCAAGGCCAUUUUCUCCCACGCGGCUGGUGACAACAGCACUCUUCUGAGCUUCAAGGAGGGCGACCUCAUCACACUGCUAGUGCCCGAGGCCCGUGAUGGCUGGCACUAUGGCGAGAGUGAGAAGACCAAGAUGCGGGGCUGGUUCCCCUUCUCCUACACUCGGGUCCUGGACAGUGAUGGAAGUGACAGGCUGCACAUGAGCCUGCAGCAAGGCAAGAGCAGCAGCACAGGCAACCUUCUGGACAAGGACGACCUGGCCAUCCCUCCUCCUGACUAUGGCACAUCCUCCCGGGCCUUCCCCACCCAGACAGCGGGGACUUUCAAGCAGAGACCCUACAGUGUGGCAGUCCCUGCCUUCUCUCAGGGUCUGGAUGACUAUGGGGCACGGUCUGUGAGCAGUGCUGAUGUCGAAGUGGCCAGAUUUUGAGCUGCCCCUCACUAGAGUUAGUAAGUUGCCCUGGUUUUGUGUCCAUCUGUGUGCAUAUGCAGUGGCUAUGGCUGGGUCCUUCGGCCUGAGUCUGGACAGCCUCCACAGGAGGGGUCUGCUGCCUGGCAGGGCCUGGGCUCUGCCAAGUUGCCUUGCUCUGGGCGCUGGGCCUUCCUUCCACUGGUUCCCUCCUCCAGCUUGUGGUCUCCUGCCUUCCUUCUGCCUGGAGGCUUGUGGUUCUAACUCUGCCCCAUCACUGCCUUUGCUGCCAGAUAUGGGGCUGGCCCAGAUCUGUUCUCUCCUGCCCUGCUGGGUGCUUCAUCACAAUCAAAGGAAACCCAGGGGAAUAGCCUCCCCCAAUCACUCAGCAUAUACCUGGGUGUUCCUCUGGGGUGUCGUGGGUGUUGGUCAUGAGCCUAGCUGUUGAGUACCACAGCUGAACCAAGCCUGGGCCUAGCGUCAGGUGGACCUCUGUCAUCAGAUCUUGCCUCUUCUGGUUCCCUCCACUUCCUCUCAUGGCUACAAGACAUUACUAGCCAGGCUGCUUUUUCCCUUGGUGCUGGAAAAGUGGACCAACAUGGACCACCUGGGAGGAGGGCACUGCUUCACAUUGCCCGCCAUAGUGGAAGGGGCUUUUAUUCCCUUCCCACACUACAGAGGGGGUGGCAUGAGAAGCCAGGACCUGUGUCCCUUAACAGGAGUAGUCAUUAUCUCCCUGAGAGUCACGGUGAUGUAUCCUAGCCCAUGGGCAGCCAGGCCACUCAGGCAGACCCAGAACACCUUGCCCUGUUGUUACCAUCUUCCUGGGUAUCUGUAAUGUGAAUUCUGUAGGAGUUCUGCUGAAGUUUACAGAGAGGGUAAAAUGCCCUUGGCUGACUCUGGGCUGGCCACCUUUCUCCAGCCUCCAUCUGCACACCCAAGAUGUUCUCUAGGUGGGAGGCCUACAUUUCCUGCCCACACCUGCCAGAUCCCCUACCUUACUGCCCUCUGGGUCCCACUAAGCCAGUUAGGGGCCAUGUCAUCCUCACCUGCAGAGGCAUGAAAAAAGGCUCAGAAGGUUGGUGCAGCCCUUCCUGGGACCAGGUCCCUUUUGUGUGCUAGGACCAGGACUUGGGUGUGACAGACAUAGGACAGAAUAGGUUUGCAAACAGUGCUGUUGCAUGGCCCCUGAACAUCUCCCGGCCACAGUCUGCCUAGCCUUCCAGCUCACCUAGCUGGGGGUGAGGGGUGUUCCAAAGCUACCUGUGGCUGUUGAGUACCCACUCUCACACAGCUUCACCUUGAAUUUAGGACUGCAGGAGGGUUGCUACCACCCUUGGCUUGGUUCUGGGGGUGCCCCAGCCCUGUGUAGGUAGAAGAAAUGGAAACCCACAGGUAUGCACAGGUCCUCCACAAGGACUUGUUCUCUGCGGUGGCCAGCCUCUCAUUCCAUGGCUGUUGAGGAAAAUAGUCAAAAAUGGAGCUGGGAAGGCAGGCUGUGCUGCUACAGGGAGCUGAGCCUCUCUGGGUCUCUGGUCACAGCUUUGUUCAUGGAUGAGUGUCUGCAGAGCUGGGGAGAGAGCUGACACUGGCUGUUACCCAGCUGGUGUCCCACCAUGCUGCCUCAGCCAAAUCCAUCCUGCAUAAAUGCCGUUUGUCAUUCCUGGAUCCCAGGCUGAUGCCUGUUCCUCCUUUUCUGUUGGUGCAGGUUCCGUUGUUGAGACCUGUCAGUGUUGAUGAUAGUUUCUGCUGGGCACAGCAUGUGCUGGCCAUGUCCCCAGCAGAUUAAUUUCACUAGUCUGCUGAGAGUCUUUGAAAGGAAGCAUGUCCCUGGAUUCUGCUAACUGGAACAUGUACAGAGCAAGACUUUGCUGUGGCUUUGGCAUCUGUGGAUGGUUCUCUGUGCUCCAAAUGGCCCCAUGGCUUUGAGGAAUGAGAGAAGAGAGUGUUUGAGAACAGAGGACCUAUUGGGUGGGGCACUUUGGAUCUGAACUUCCAUUCUAGUCCUAGCUGGUGAUAGAUUCUUUCGGUGAGUUAAGGAACGAGGCAAGUGGACAGGAAUAAGGCAUGUUCUGCAAAUACCUUAACCAUUCUGCUCAGGCCUGGUCCCAUGGUAACCCUGCCCUGGAACCUGGGGCAACCUGCUUGUUGCUCUGCUCUGUCCCGUUCCCUCAGCAGAAAGACCUGUCCUCAUUCCAAGUGUCCCCAGGGCUGUUGCCUUUGCCAGGCUUGAGAGCCCUUCUGUAGAAUCUGGAGUGGGCCAAGGACAGCCUGGCCAUGCCAGAGCCGCAGCUAACACCCUCAUGGUAAUGGCAGGGUCUGUAUCUCACAUGUCAGACAGCCACAGUGAGGGGCUGCAGAGCAGAGGAGCCCAGCAUGGGGGCAGAGCUGCGGGCAGAGCAGAUGGUGGCCCUUAAUCUCUGGCUCUCAGUAGAGGUGAGCAGCAACAGACAUCAAACCCCACAGCCAGCAGGGACUGUGCCUCCCUGUACUUCACCUUUUAAAACGUCACAGUCCAAGUGUUUCAGAUUUUUAGAAAAUGUAAUCUUCAGGAAAUGUAGGGUGAGACUCUACCUGUGUAGGUCUUCCUGGGGACCCUGAAUGGAGAGCCUGCUCGCCCACCCUGGGCCUACCAUCAACCCCCAGGCUUCUGAGAACCCACCAGGCACAGAGGUGACCCAUUCCAGGUAAUGGUUGUAGAGCCAAGCACGUUUUCCUGGAAGUGCAGUCCUGUGCCUUGCAAGCCCCCAUGUCCACGCGCCAUCCGUGCUGUCACUGUGGAGCCACAUGGCUCCUCCCACCCACUGCCCUGUGCUGUCCCCACUGGAGUGGACCCUCCCGAGCCUGACAGGGCUGCAGAACAGGCUGCCGGGAGGGCUGGUCUGGUGCAGCCUGUUCUGCUCAUCUGUUUCAUUUCCACUUCUUGUCUUGAGUCUUGUGUAUCAACUGUGGCCUGAGGGCACUUGGGUGGCUCAGCCACCACUCAGGAAGGCAUCUAGUCCCUCAGCAGAGGGGACUGCCAUCUGGUCAAAGCAGUGGCUAUGGUGUUCACCCCUAGCCUGUGGAGUCAGGGCUCAUGCGCCUCAUGUCUGUCAUGUCUGUGUGUCUACAGUGUGCCUCCUGUGGCAAUCUGCAUGCUUGGGCUGGUUUGUGUGACCGUGAGCUGCGUCCUCUGUGUAUGGGAGAACCGCUCCUUGGGCUCACCUGGGGGCGGGGGUUUGUAUAGCAGGCCUUCCUUAAGGACGUUGUCAGGGCCAUCCACCCUGAGUUGGGAAGGGAACAGCUAGUCCUCACCAUCAUGCCCACUCUUCUGUCCAGCGUGGAACAUAUAAGGUGACAGUGGGUAGGCAUAGGAGGGGCUAGCAGGUCUUGAGACAGCACCCAGCUCCAACCCUGGCUCCAAGAAUAGGCCAUUGGGGUCUAGUGCUAGAGGUCCCAGGAGUAACCUGGUGGCCCAGCUUAACUGGAACACCUGCCCAAACUAAAACUGUUCUUCUUU